GGUACUGUAAUUGUGAAUGAGAGAGGGGGAGAGGCAGAUGUGUUAGACCCAAGUCCAUCCAUCUGACCUGCCAGAGACGUCAAAUCCAAAUGAAGAGUUUCCGGAGGAGAACUCCUGCUUAGUGUUAGAGAAACCCAUCGUGAAUGCUGCCUGCCUCUGUAAUGCCAUCAGCUGAGGAUGAGACAGACAGGAAUCCGGCUGGUGCUUCCGACCGCUGACACUUUUCGCCACUUUGUUGCCGUCUUCUCGCUCAGCCAUAAAAUCAAAACAUGCCAGGGAGAUAUCCCCAUUUCUAUGACAACCUCGACGCAAUCCUGCGUUCCGCGAAAGCCGACUGCUUUCUCCUCUCCAAGCUGAUCGGGCUGCUGUUUCUGGUCAACGUGUCGGGUCCCUGCCCUUUAAACUGCUACUGCGUUCCAGAGACUGGUCUUAUGCAAUGUCAUUACCUAGCGCUGCAGGACAUCCCAAGGGGGAUCCCUCACUGGGUUCACAACCUGUCCGUCAUCGGCAAUAACAUCACCAUGCUCCAAACGGCUGCCUUCAGGAGUAACGGAACCCAACCGAGCAACUUGACCGCUCUGACCUUAACGUACAACAGGAUCCAGACCAUAGAACCUUCGGCUUUCGAAGAUCUGCCCAACCUCAUCACCUUGGACCUCAGUUACAACGUCCUGAGCACCAUAGCUAACGACGCCUUCGCAGGACAGACCCAACUACAAGUUUUAAAACUAAACCAGGCUCUGCUGGGAACAGCUCAAAAACAAUUCGUUAACUCUCAAUGGAUAAAACACUUGAAGGGUCUAAGAACGUUGGAGGUAGCUGGCAAUGGGCUACAGUCAUUCCCCAGAUCGGUUCAGAACCUUGAGAACUUGCGUGUUCUGAACAUCGGGAAUAAUUCCAUCCAAAGGAUAGACGAAGAGACUGUUUUAUUCUUAAAACGCUUGCACAUUUUGGUUUAUUUAAGCCCCAACCCGUUAAUUUGUGAUUGUAAAUUAAGUGAAAUGAUUUCAUGGCUCUGGAAUACAUCGCAAGUUUUUGAUGCCCCAAAUCUCCAAUGUUUUGCCCCGGCGAAUUUGAACGGGACACGUCUCAUGAGCCUCGACCCUGACAACUUCAAGUGUGUCAACGAGAACCUAGAGACGGCUUCCUACGUCUUUUUUGGAAUAGUGCUGGCUCUCAUAGGGGUCAUCUUUCUCAUGGUCCUUUAUCUGAACAGACGGGGCAUCAAACGAUGGCUGAACAACUUCAGGGAGGCCUGCAGGGAUCAGAUGGAAGGUUAUCAUUACCGGUACGAACAGGACACUGACCCCAGGAGGUCGAAUGCUUCGGGCAUCUAGGAGAAAGUAGACCCGAGCCCCCCCCCAAAAAAAAAUUGGACUAAGACAUUGUAAGAAAUCCACACGUUUAUUGGACUGAUUUCUAAUGUUCAUGUAGAUGGAAUAUUAAAGGGGUGUUUUGGACAAAUGUAUGUUUGUAUAGGGACUGAUUUAACCUCUUCACACCCACAGUGGUUUCUGGUGAGUAUAGAACACAUUAGUAUAAGCCAAGCUUCAUUAGCUAUUAGGACAGACUCCAAAAUAUUGCAUGGCUGAUUCAAUAACAACAUCAGUUAUAUCUUAGGGAAUGUACUUCAGAAUGUUGCGGGGUAUAUAUGAUUUAACCUUGUCAGUGCCAGAACUCAAUGGCACAGCUAAGGCUUACAUAGGUUUUAAUGCUUUACAUAGAAAGGUAACUCGGUGACAAACUAUGCUUUCUGCAUAAGACUUUUAAAGGGUUAAUAAAGUGAAUCGCCGGUACUUUUUUAUGCAUUCCAUUCAUUGGAUACUUUAAAUCCAAUACCUAAAGACUUAUCCAGCAGAUCCCUUGCGUGCAGAUUUUAGAACGGCAUGUUCCCACUUCGGAUCAGUACGUGAUGUAUGUUUUAACCCUUUGAAUUAAUGUUUCAAGAGGAGAUGCAAGUUACUGCCUGGCACACGCAGGGUUAAUAACCCAAGCCACUUAGACAU